UUCUUCACAACUCAUCGUAUUAUUAUCUGCAACUCUUGUCUCUCAAGUUUCCUCUCUGCUUGGGCAAGGCAAGAAGUGUGCAGAUCAUAUUAACAGAUGGCUUCUGAAAUGAGAGUGGCAUUCGCCAUUCUUUUGGCACUUUUCAGCUUUCAAAGCGUUCUGGUGAUGGGUGAAGGAGGUGUGGAAUGUGAGAAGCUUCCAGUGGACAUGUGUGCUUUCUCUGUCUCGUCGGUAGGAGUUCGCUGUGUGCUCGAGAAGAAAUACUCCUUCGUCACCUCCACACACGAAUCAUCAAUAGAAUACCAGUGCCAGUCAUCGGGCAUAAUGGCGGAGAAGAUGAUGGAAUGGAUUGAGAGUGAGGUGUGCCUACAGACCUGUGGGUUGCAGAGAAUGAUUGUGGGCAUGUCUACUGACGAUCUUUCUGAGUAUUCUGAUUUCACCUCUAAACUGUGCUCAGAGAAUUGUCAAAACAGCUGCCCCAACAUUGUGAAUCUGUACCUCAAUCUGGCUGCAGGAGAAGGUAUAUAUUUACCUCACCUGUGCGAGGCUCACAAAACACGAAGCAGGAGAAUGAUGUUCGAGAGUGUGGCACCUGGGCCAACCCUUAAUACGUUCUCCCUUGCUGCAGCUGCCCCUGCACCAUACUAGAUCAUAUAUACACUUCAUUGGCAAAACUAUUGUUAUUGUUAUUGAACAACGCUAUGAUUUCCAUUGAUCGUAGAACAAGUAAUUUAUGGAUUUGAAAUUUCUCAUAUCGUAGGUUUAAAAUUUCAGGCAUUGUAGUUAUGAAGGGAUUUAUGAUACUGAAUACAUCCUACCUAAAGUUUUUAAUAGAAAAUAAAUUUCGUUACGAUUGUUACAAA